AAUAAAAUCACAGCCUGAAAUACCUGUAACCUACGAUGGAAGAUAACUUUGACCCCAUCCCGCCACCCACGCACCCAUGGUCUUAUCUUCAGGAUUUGUUUCAAGUUGUAGAACAGAAGAGCCUUUCAUAUUCAGGUUCCUGCUCUGCCUGCCACAGCUAAUCCUACAUCUUAAAAGAAUUCAACAUCGUAUUUGAGAAAACAGGUAGAGCACUUUAUGUAGGAAACAAUGUACAAGCCUCAGACUCCGUCUUCACGGGCGGACUUAGUGAUAUGGGGGCCCUAAGCAAUUCCAGGGGUUGGGCUUGGCCUCAGUUCCCGUAAAAGGAACUCUUAAUGCUUCGGCAUACAAAGACAUUUUAAACAAUUUCAUGCUCCCAACUUUGUGGGAACAGUUUGGGGAUGACUCCUUCCUGUUCCAACAUGACUGCACACCAGUGCACAAAGCAACGUCCAUAAAGACAUGGAUGAGUGAGUUUAGUGUGGAGGAACUUGACUGGCCUGCACCUCAACCAGAUAGAACACCUUUGGGAUGAAUUAGAGUGGAGCCAUUCCACUCUGAGCCAUUCCAAAAUUGGGACAUCUGCCGUUACAUGCACAUGAAUGUAAUAUGGAGUUGGCCCACCAUUUGCAGCUACAACAGCUUCAACUCUUCUGGGAAGGCUUUCCACAAGGUUUAUGUACUGUAAGUGUACAAUGGCCACUGAGGGAGAACCGACAGACGUGGUGAAGGUGCUUCACCUAUUGGUCAUGGCAUUCGGAUGGGGAAUGCAGGUGUGGAUGUCAUUUAUUGCAGGGUUUGUGAUGUUUUUCAAGGUCACUCUGCACACGUUUGGCAUAGUUCAGACAAAACUCAUUCCUGUGUAUUUCUACUGCUUGCUGGGUAGUAACAUAGUCAGCUUGGCUAUAUAUGCUGUCUACCAUCCCAGAGAGCUGAUGAACUGGCAUGAGUCUACACAGAUGGCUCUAUUCUUCGUGGCUGUGAUCAUAGCAGGUUUGAAUGUGCAGUGGUUCACUCCAGCUGUCACCAAGCACUUUAUGGUGAUGUGGGAGGUUGAGCAGGAACAUGGUCUCGGUGGAGAGAUCGCCUAUUCCACCAACAAAGAGCCCUACAUCAAACUCCGUGAGAAGGAUCCAAAAUACAAGGCCCACAGGAAGAGCUUUUUCCUCUACCAUGGCCUGUCUGUCCUGAGCAACUUCAUAGGCUUCGGCUGCAUCACUGUCAAUCUCAUCUACCUGGCACUUAAUUUGUCUUUGAUAUAAUGUUGUUGGCCGAAACAUACAACUAAUUAGUAAAUGUGUACAUGUGUGUUUGAUACGGCGAGCCAGAGCAGAACACGCCUAAUUCAGUUUUGAACAGGAAUUCACUGGAGAAAGCAUAAAAAUUAUAUCUUACCAUGUAAAAUAUGAAUAUUUCUCUUUGAUGGCAUGUUUUAAAUGAAAAAACAAUGAACUGCUAUUUCUAGACUUUUAAAAAAAAAAAAAUUGUUUAUUCUUAGAAACAAGCAAAAUGAUCUGAUAAUAAACAUUAUUGAGUAAUAAUCUCAUAAUCCAAAAUAUUUGACAUAUAUAUAAGCUAUCAUUACAAAGUGUUAAUUUACUUUUAUAGCACAGCUAAGAGCAGUGGGUUUGCAUUAUAUAGCUACACUAUCUGAAAUUUAUAAAUAUUGACUCAGGUGCCUGCAAUAUUAAAGCUCUCCUAAUCCAUAAUUAGUUCUCAUUAAUGUGAAAGCAUUUAGUUAAUGUGACUGCAAAACCUGAUUUCAUUUAUUUUCAACUGCAUUUGGAGAAAUGAGCACAUUUACUGAGAAUAUAUGAGAAAUUAUUUUAUGAAUACUUUUCAAUAUUUUAAAAUUGACAUUAAAUCACAUUUGUAUUGUAUGUAUAGACAUGUUAAUUUUAUGAAUAAACCAUAAAUCUGCUUUGUCACAGUU